AUGAAGCGUAUAGCUUGGUGUUUCUUAGCUUCAUCUAUACCAGCGCUUGAAGCCGAAAGACUGUGUUCGUUACCGCCAGUAACGUAUCCAGGAGCCAAGAUAGCGUAUCCUGAGUCAAAAUCUGCUCUCGAGGCACUCGAGGAGUUUGGUAUCGCGACUUGGUACUCUGAUCGCCUUGAAAAUGGAGAUUAUGCCAAGACAGCACGUGAUCUCGUUACAUCAUGUCCUGAAGAUUCACGACUUAGUGUUGUAGUGUAUGGUAUACCACAGAAAGACUGUGCAUCAACAGAAUCGACGAGUGGAAGUACCGUGCAUACAACUGCAGAAUAUAUCACAUUUCUAAACAUUCUCACGUCAACAAUAGGUGCUCGAAAAGUUUUAUAUAUACUCGAACCUGAUGCUAUUGGACUGAUGGCUGAUACAACUGGAUGUGGUCAAACUGCUGGAUACAUGACGAAUUUACAAGUUGCGAUUGAAAUCCUAUCAAAGAAUGAAAAUGCAGUGAUUUACUUGGAUGUGGGUUACUGGAGUCUCGAAUAUCCCAAUACGUUAGCAAUUGUUGUGAAUAUUGUGAAAGAACUUGUGACUGCUACGUCUAAUGUUAAAGGCAUUGCAUUGAAUACUUCAAACUAUCAAGCGAUUAGUAAAUUAGCUCAACUCUGUACAGAGUUUCAAACUGCUAUGGACUCGACUGAACUCCAUUGUAUCUUUGAUACUUCUCGAAACCGAAAUGGUGCACCUGAAAAUAACGAGUGGUGUAACGUUAGAAAUGGAGGGAUAGGUACCCCACCAUCUAAUGAAACGGGAUAUAGUAACGUGGAUUAUUUUCUCUGGGUUAAACCAUCUGGAGAUAGUGACGGCACAUGUCGUAACCAUACUUCUGAUUCCAUACCUGGACCUAAUGCUGGUGUGUUUUUUAAUGAAAUAUUUAAAUUUCAUUGGAAUCAGGGUACUCUUGUUGCUGAGUUAGGAUAUCCUCCUAUUGGUAAAACACGACGUCGUUUAGUAGGCUCAGUAGUCUCAACAAAUUUCAUACAAGAUCAAGAGUUUGAUGAUCAAGAUUUUACUUCGAAUCAGACUGGAAAUUUUCAGGACAGGACACGUGAUGUGGAUAAUGAAAAGAUCACAACUUUACAUCUUUCUCAUCGAUCAGCUGAAGCUUUACAAGUAGGAAAGAAAGAUACAAAUGAUCAAACUACAGCAUCUGGUACAAUUCUAUUAGUUGGUGUUGUGGCUGCUACUGUGAUUUCUCUUGCUACUGUGAUUGGAAUUCGUCGGGAACAGAAGAAAUUAUUGAAUGAUGACAAGAAUUUACCACUAUCAGCUUUAGCUCCAUUACCAAACUUUCGUGUCCAGAAAUCAACAACGAAACAUGAUGAGUCAAGUAUUCUUUGA